AUGGAGAGCCCACCCACCUCACUCGUGUCUGAGAAAGAGAGGCAGGUAAGUGUAGUCGACUGGCAUGGUAAUGACGAUGCGGCAAACCCCAGAAACUUCGCCUCAUGGAAGAAGACUAUCAACAUCGCCUGUAUAUUCUUCAUGUCUUUUGUCUCGCCAUUCACGUCUUCUGUGGUCGCCCCAGCGAUUCCAGAGAUCAUGAAAGACUUCAGAUCCACCGACGCUUACCUGUCCGCCUUCGUCCUGAGUAUCUACGUCCUAGGCUACGCUUUUGGACCACUCCUCAUUAGCCCCCUCUCCGAGCAGUAUGGCCGACUGCCUUUGUACCACCUGUGCAACGUGCUCUUCACCAUAUGCACUUUGGCCUGCGGGCGCGCAAACUCACUUGGUGUCUUGGCUGUUUUCCGGUUCUUUGCUGGUGUGGGCGGAAGUAGUGUAUUCGCUCUUGCACCAUCAAGCCUCGGAGACCUCAUGGUGAAAGAGAAGCGGGGAGGCGUCAUGGCAUUGAUAGGUCUGGCAUAUAACCUUGGUCCAGCAAUUAGUCCUACAGCAGGCAGCUACCUCAAUGCUGCGAAAGGAUGGCGAUGGAUCUUCUAUCUCACUGCUAUCCUUGGUGGGAUAGGUACAGUCCUUAGUAUGCUAUGUUUGUCGGAAACCUACGAGCCGGUUCUACUUCGGCGGAAAGCAGUGCGACUGCGGAAAGAGACUGGGAAUAAGAACCUGCGAGUAAGAUCUGAUGCGGACAUUGCAGAAGAUAAGCUGGAAGCUUUUCGCAGUGCGAUGCUUAUGCCGCUCCGCAUGCUAUUCUUGUCACGUCCGAUCUUCUUUACCUCACUCCUUACUGCUAUCGGUUACGGAUACAUCUAUGUCCUGUACACGACCCUCCCAACCACGUUUGUCGAAACAUACAAGUGGGCGCCGAAAAGUCUGGGCCUCGCCUAUCUGGGCACUGCAGUCGGCAACCUCAUUGGUAUGCUUGGGGGCGCUGCGAUUAGCGAUGGCAUUGUCAAGCGAAGAGCACUGAAAGGUGACACACGACCGGAGAACCGAUUGCUACCUAUGGUAUUUUGGUGGCCGCUUGUGAGCAUCGGUUUGUUCAUAUAUGCUUGGACUGCGCAACAUGGGAUGCACUGGAUCGUGCCGCUGAUUGGAACAGCGAUUUUUGGUGCUGGGGCUAUGAGCGCUAUCUUCUUUACAGGUACAUACAUUCUCGACGCCUACCCGCUGCAUUCUGCAUCUGGCAUGGCUGCCUGUUCUGUCAUGCGUUCGCUUGUCGGUGGUCUUGCGCCUCUUUUCUCGCAUAAGAUGUACCAAAAGCUUGAUGUGGGCUGGUCAUUCUCGUUACUUGCGCUCAUUGCCCUUGCAUUCACGCCGGUACCAUGGGUGUUCUAUACUUUUGGCGAAAAGUGGCGUGCUAGAGAGCGUUAUGGUGGGCAGGCUGAGGUUGAUGGAUUGAGUACAGAGCAGAGCAGUACGCUGGAUGUGGCGUUGGAAGCAGAGGGUAGGGCGCAUGGGUGA